CAGCUACUGCCCUGGCGGGAGACCCGCCGUGGGAGCUGGUGGCAAGGGUUUUCGCCGAGUUGCACCUCCUCGCUUCAGAGAGGAGGUCGCGGGGCGAAGGCCUACAAUGGGAGGAGCUCCGGCGGGUCCGAAAGCUAGGAGAGCAGUGGUUGUUGAGGAGGUGGGGUGAGGACCUGGCGCAGGCCCAGUACGGUCAACGUACUGCUCAGGCUCUGCGCCCAGUUCUUGCGGCGUGAAUGCGUCGCAAGAGAAAACCCCUCACCUUCCGCCUUACACAGGUGCUCAACGGACACGGAUGUUUCGGUGCGUACUUGUGUAAGGUCGCCAGGAGGGAGCCUACCCCAGCCUGCCAUGAGUGCGGCGCUGCGGAGGACACGGCCCAGCACACCCUCGAGGUGUGCGAUCGUUGGGCCGUGCAGCGCCAUGAUCUCAUGGCGGUGCUAGGGCGGGACCUCUCGCUUUCGAGCAUGGUUCGCUGCAUGCUCGAGAGCGAUGAGGCCUGGCAGGCGGCGAUCUCUUUCUGCGAAACCGUCCUUUCGCAGAAAGAGGCCGCGGAGCGGAACAGAGAGGAUGACCCAUCCUCCGUUCCGCUCCGCCGGCGUAGGACGGGAGUGCGGAGGCGUCGU